AUAAAUGUAGAUAACAACGGGGUUUCUUCAAACCUUGGAUAGUAUAAAACCCUCUCAAAACCCCAGAGGAGGGAGCAAGAGAGAGCCAUGGAGUUAGCUUUAUCUAUCAGGAUUUUCAGUUAUAAGGGUGGUGUACGCUGCUUAACUUCUUCUCACAAAGAACGACUCUUUUUCGGCCAUUCCAAACCCGUCAAUUUGGUUCUCCGACGUUAUCUUCCUCCUCCCUCUACUCUCGUCUGCUCACACCGUCGAAACAACCGCCCUGCAGUCAGCUCAUCUUCUUCUAAGAAGAAAAACAAGAAGAUUAGGCCUAAAACAGAUGACGCUGGUGAUGAUUUUGAGGAUGAUCCUUUUGAGGCGCUAUUUAGUCUGCUGGAAGAAGAUCUUAAAAAUGAUGACUCAGAGGUAGAUGAUGACGAUGAGAUUAAUGAAGAAGAUAUUGAUAAGCUUGCAUGUGAAUUAGCGGAGGCACUUGGGGAUAUUGAUAUGGAAAUGUCAAAUACAGAUACAACUGAGACAGAAAGCGAUGGUGAUGAUGCUCAAGAAGUAGUAGUGGCAGAAAAAGAAGAAGAAGAAGAAGAAGAUGAUGAUGAUGAUGAUGAUGAUGAUGACGAUGAUGAGGAUGAAGAAGAUGAAGACAAUGAAGAAGAAGAAGAAGAAGAAGAAGAAGAAAAAGAAGGACAAGUCAGGCUUAAGAAUUGGCAACUUCGAAAAUUGGCUUAUGCUUUAAAAACUGGCCGUCGUAAAACUAGUAUAAAGAAUCUUGCUGCUGAGCUUUGUCUUGAUAGGGCUGUUGUUCUUGAAAUGCUUCGUGAUCCCCCUCCAAGUCUUGUUAUGAUGAGUGCUGCUUUACCUGAUGAACCAACACCUAGAGUAUCAGUCCCUGAAGUCAAACCAGAAGAAACUGUUAUGGAGGAAACUGCCGUUGAUGCUGUAGAACUUGAGUCUAAGGUGAAAGAGCCAGUCCAUGCUAGGCAACAUAGAUGGUUUGCACAAAAGAGACUGAAGAAAGUACAAGUGGAAACCCUUGAACUGGUUUAUAGAAGAUCAAAGCGACCCACUAAUGCAUUGAUAAGCAGCAUUGUUCAAGUGACUAACCUGCCCCGCCGAAGAAUUGUGAAAUGGUUCGAGGACAGACGUGCUGAAGAAGGGGUACCUGAGCGUCGUGCUCCAUAUCAACGGUCUGAUCCUGAAACUGUCUUUUCCAGUUGAAACGAUAUGUAUACUUGUAUUAUAUUUUGUAACGUAUAAUGAGAGCAUUUUGGUUCAUGCUUGGUUUUGUCUCUCUGGCUUGUCAAUGAUGAAGAGCUCCAGGACUUUGUGC